CCAGGGGAUUAGAGUAUAGUGUUAAACAUAUUCCUAGUGAUUGUUCCAGGGGAUUAUGAUAUAGUGUCAAGCAUGUUUCCAGUGAAUGUUCCAGGGGAUUAUAGUAUAGUGUCUAGCAUGUUCCUGGUGGAUGUUCCAGGGGAUUAUGGUAUAGUGUCAAACAUAUUCGUAGUGAUUGUUCCAGGGGAUUAUAGUAUAGUGUUAAACAUAUUCCUAGUGAUUGUUCCAGGGGAUUAUAGUAUAGUGUCUAGCAUGUUCCUAGUGGAUGUUCCAGGGGAUUAUGGUAUAGUGUCAAGCAUGUUCCUAGUGGAUGUUCCAGGGGAUUAUAGUAUAGUGUCUAGCAUGUUCCUAGUGGAUGUUCCAGGGGAUUAUGGUAUAGUGUCAAGCAUGUUCCUAGUGGAUGUUCCAGGGGAUUAUAGUAUAGUGACAAGCAUGUUCCUAGUGGAUGUUCCAGGGGAUUAUGGUAUAGUGUCAAGCAUGUUCCUAGUGGAUGUUCCAGGGGAUUAUAGUAUAGUGUCAAGCAUGUUCCUAGUGAAUGUUCCAGGGUAUUAUGGUAUAGUGUCUAGCAUGUUCCUAGUGGAUGUUCCAGGGGAUUAUAGUAUAGUGUCUAGCAUGUUCCUAGUAGAUGUUCCAGGGGAUUAUAGUAUAGUGUCUAGCAUGUUCCCAGUGGGUGUUCCAGGGGAUUGUAGUAUAGUGUCUAGAAUGUUCCUAGUGGAUGUUCCAGGGGAUUAUAGUAUAGUGUCAAGCAUGUUCCUAGUGGAUGUUCCAGGGGAUUAUGGUAUAGUGUCAAGCAUGUUCCUAAUGGAUGUUCCAGGGGAUUAUAGUAUAGUGUCAAGCAUAACCCCAGUGGAUGUUCCAGGGGAUUAUAGUAUAGUGUUAAACAUGUUCCUAGUGGAUGUUCCAGGGUGUUAUUUUUUAUUGUGUCAAGCAUACGCCUUGUGGAUGUUCCAAGUUAUUAUAGUAUAG